AUAGCAGCGGCUGACUGAGGCAUCCCAUAAAAUAUAGAACAAUAAUUUUUGAAGUGAUUAAUUGUCAUGGCUACUCUCAGCGCUCUGCCUCUCAGUCUCCCUAGGAUAGAUCUGACCUCGGAAGGCUUAAGACCAGGAACCACCGCCUGGGACCUUGUUCGAGGUGAUGUCCUUCAAGCUCUUGAAGAGUAUGGCUGCUUCGAAGCCGUAUAUGGUGGCAGUACAAACGAACCAGACCAACUCUAUGGCAGUGUCAUGGAGCAGCUCAAAGAGGUAUUCAACCUGCCUAAAGAAACGAAGCAGCGAUUCUUUGAGCCCAGGAAGCCAUUGUUCGGCUAUCUUGGAGAUUUGCCGGGGCUCCCUCUAUACGAAGCCAUGACAAUCGCCGGAGCCGUCAAGUCCCCUGCCAUUCAGGGGUUGGCUGACCUUUUGUGGUCGGAUCAUGGCAAUCCAAGAUUUUGUGAGACCAUGAACGCUUACGCUAAGAAGGUCUCGGACCUGGCCAUACUGGCGGAAAGGCUAGUAUUUGAAGGACUGGGAGUCGCAAAAUACUUCGAUUCUCACGUAAAUUCUACAACGUACUCACUCCGACUGAGUAAGUACACGGCUCCAGACACAAUGGGGGCUCAACUAGGAACAAGCAUUCACACCGACAAGAAUUUCCUAACCAUACUUCAGCAAAAUCAUGUCAAUGGUCUGGAAGUCCAGAUGAAAGACGGAAAGUGGAUUAGAACAUCUCCUUCACCUUCAACUUUCAUUGUCAUCGUUGGGGAAUCAUUUCUGGGUUGGUCCAAUGGGAGGUUACAAUGUCCACGACAUUGUGUGAUGAUGAGAGGGCAUGAGACGAGAUACUCGAUCGGGCUCUUUUCAGCACUCGAAGGGACGGUAGAGUGUCCCAAAGAGCUAAUCGAUGAGGAACACCCGAUGCUUUUCAAACCCUUUGAUGAAAUUGCACUGCUUCAGCUCACCCAAAAGAAAAUUGCACUGCGCCGCAGUGUCCACCAAACUGAAGAAGCCGCCGAUUGUACUCUUAAAGAGUAUUUUGGUGUUUGAAGCUCCAUCGUUCUCUUAUUAAAGGGUACUCUUCUAUCUUUGUUCCUCUAUAUAUGUCAUGACUUGUAAGUGCUGGAAUACGACAUUUAUUAAGAUCCUAAAAUAAGAUUAGAGCCGUUUUACCACGUGGUUGAUUUGGCGGCAUCAAAAUACUUCAUAACCAGUACAUCGUCCCAAAAGAGAUGAUUUUUUGUGACGCCCUAAUUUCGCAGAUCUUGAAAUAGUCGAACAGGGUCACGAGGUAUGUGGUUUAUUUCUUUGAUGAAAAAAAAGAAAAUAAAACUAGUUAAAUUAUUGA